CAUGAGACACAUGGAGACAACGUUAUACUGACAAUAUGAUACAGUGGCGGUAACGUUGGUUCAUUACACACAACGCCGCGACUUCACCAAUCACAGAUUGGAAAAAUACAGUGAAACGCGGCUGAUCGUCUGCAUAUCCCAGGUUAACCGUUAACGUUGGCUGCUAGCGACCUUAAGUGCUCCUUGAACUUUGUCCACACUGCCGUUGCUUUUGUUUUGUCGGAUGACAUUAUCAAUCAGUCGUUCUCCACCUUUUGUUCUCAAACAACUUAAUUUGGAACGUAAUAAUGAUAGCAGUGCAGAGAAUCCGCAUAUUCCACGGGCUUCUGAAUGUUGCCAAACAGCAGAAUGUUGGAAAAUGUUGCCAUCUGUUACCAUCCGUCACAACAAGUUACCGUUGUCUGUACAAAACAGCAUGGCUGGCCACAUGUAGGCCUACUGCUCAGCCAUCAGAGAGGAACAUAAUCUUAAUGGGCCAGCCAGGGGCAGGGAAGACCUCUGUGGGCCGACAGCUGGCCGCAAGACUGGGCAUGCCCGCCAUUGACAUUGACGACGACGUCUUAGAGAAAUCAUGGCUCAUGCCGGUGGCAAAGAAACUUUCUCACGUGGGCGGCGAGCGGUUCUUGGAGGAAGAGGGUCAGGCCGUGUGCAACUUCUCUGCCUCCAGGAGUGUGAUCUCCCUGACGGGCUCCAACCCACUCCACUCAGCUGCCAUGCAGCACCUCAAGCAGAGUGGGCUGGUGGUCUACCUGGACGUCGAUACAGACGACAUCAUUCAGAGGCUCGCCAGAAUGAAAGUGAACAGAAUUGUGGGGCAGGAAGCCGGUACACCCAUGCCGGACAUACUGAUGUACAGGGCACAGUUUUAUGAGAAAUGGCUGGACAUCAGGGUGCUGUGUGGCGCAGGGGACACCAUAGAGGAGGUCACUGAGAAAGUGCUCAGAGCUCUGAACAGGUACGACGACUCGGAGUCAGAGACGUUCGUCUCCACCCGUAGCAGUGUGGCAGGCGUGGGUGGAUCUGAGGCCGAGCCCAAGUUCUUCAGUGAUGUUGUUGUGGAGGGACUCGCGCCCGAUGGGGGGCUUUACGUGCCCAAGGGGGGGUUCCCUAAGCUGGGACCCCAGGAGUGGAAGCGCCUGGCCAAGAUGUCGUACCCCGAGAGAGCCUGUGCCAUCUUAGAGCAGUGCAUUCACCCCACAGACGUGUCCCCUCCGGAGCUCGGACAGAUGGUGCGCCGUGCGUACGGCUCCAACUUCUCCAGCGAGGCCGUCGCUCCGGUCAGGCACCUGGUGGGCAGCCAGUACGUGCUGGAGCUGUUCCAUGGCCCCACGGCCUCCUUCAAGGACCUCGCCCUGCAGCUGAUGCCCCAGCUGUUCGCCCACUGCCUGCCCCAGAUGUGCAACUACCUCAUCCUGGUGGCCACGUCCGGCGACACCGGCAGCGCCGUGCUCAGCGGCUUCGGCGGCCUGGACGUCGGCGCGCGCCACCGGGUCGGCGUGCUGGUCUUCUUCCCCGAGCGCGGCGUGAGCGAGAUCCAGAAGCUGCAGAUGACGGGCAUCCGGGAGGGCGGGAACGCCCGGGCGGUCAGCGUGCUGGCGGACUUCGACUUCUGCCAGCGCGCCAUCAAGAGGAUGUUCGGCGACGCGGGCGUGACUGGGCACCUGGCGGUGGAGUACGCCACGGUCCUGAGCACCGCCAACUCCAUCAACUGGGCGCGGCUGCUGCCGCAGGUGGUGUACCACGCCUCCGCCUACCUGGACCUGCUCCGGAACGGCGUGGUGGCGUUCGGGGACCCGGUCGACGUGUGCAUCCCCACGGGCAACUUCGGCAACGCCAUGUCAGCGCUGUACGCCAAACAGAUGGGGGUGCCCAUCAGGAGGGUCAUCUGCGCCUCCAACCUCAACUGCGUGGUGGCGGACUUCAUCAGCACCGGACGCUACGACCUCAGAGGCCGGGAGCUGAUGCUCUCCCACUCGCCGGCCAUAGACAUCCUGAAGUCGUCCAACCUGGAGAGGUUCCUCCAUCACGUCUCCGGCGGGGACAGCGGCCUGGUCAGAGAUCUGUACGCCCGCCUGGAGAAGCAUCAGCACUUUGAGGUGUCCGCGGAGCUGCUGCACAAGAUAAAUGACGAGGUGUCGGCUGGCUGGUGCUCUGAGGAGGAGUGUUUGGCCACCAUACGAGACGUGCAUUCCCAGACGGGCUACGUCAUGGACACGCACACCGCCGUGGCCAAGACGGUAGCCGACCGGCUCCAGGACCAGUCGUCCACCCCCGUGGUCAUCUGCUCCACGGCUCACUACGGCAAGUUUGCCCCGGCGGUGCUGACGGCCCUGCAGCGGGGGAGCGUCCCCACGGAGCCCCUGGACCAGCUGCAGGAGCUCAGCUCCCCGGGAGUCGAGCCGCAGAUGCACGGUGCCCUGCUCCGGGGCCUGAGGGAGAGCAGGAGUCAGCCCCACAGAGUGUGCCAGCCUGACUUCCAAGUGCUGACGGAGGAGGUGGAGGCCAUGAUACAAGACUCCUUUCUGAAUGUUCACUAAGCAUUUGGGAGAACCUUUAACAGUGUCCUGUGCAAUCAAUUCUGCACACCAGAUGGCAGUGUGGCCACACUUCAUUUUGAAAUAAAGCUGGGAACAUGGGUUAUAAAAGGCCACUGAAUGCCAUCAUGAUGAAGGGUCUAAUAAUAAUAGCCUAAUAAUAAUAAUGUAUGGUGAUAUAACUAUAUUACUGAAGGGAGUCAGAACCAUAAUUCCCACAUGAUGGCUGAAAAUAGAACCCUUACAUACUUACUGUGCAACUGGUGCACUGGGGCCAUCCUCAGCAGGGAAGAACCGAAAAUGUGAAAUGGAGGAAUCCAUCUUCGUAAAAUAAAAGGCCUAUAACAGAAAUUAUGAGAGUACAUGGAAGCUGGCUGUGAUAUUUUGUAGAGCUCUAAAAAUCACUCUGAAAAGUUUUUUAUUCAGAACUUACCCAGAGUUACCCUAGAUGACAGUUCUCCAAACUAUGGAAGUUGAGCUUUUUAUUUAUUUUUUUAUUCACCACUAGAUGGCAGUAGUGUCCCAUCCAAAGCCCCAUGCCUGCAGCAGCUGUGGAGAAUAGUGUAAUUGCACUGUUUAUCACUGUUAAUAGCAUCCUUCACAAAUCAUUCACUAAAUUGUGAAUCACAUUACUGACUGAAAUUUUAUAAAUAAUGUUUAUGUGGUCUUUUUGUGGAUGUUACUAUAAAAUUGUACUAAUGUA